AUGCCGUGGUAUUGGCCAUUUAAGAACGAUGCAGGAGGACAUUCCUCAUUGGUUCAAGGUAUCAGUGAUGAUACAUUAGUCUUCUUCUUCGCUGUUGCUGCUUUUGUUGCUCUUUGGAUUUCCUAUACGAGACGACAGCGGUCAAAUGUGAUUCAUCCAGAUAAUCAACAGGAUGUUGAGUUACUACGACAACGAAAUCAAGAUCAUGAUGAUACAACAACAACAAGCCGAUCGACACGUAGUGGACGAUCUCGACAUGAGAUGUGUCCUAUUUGUCUCACCGAACCAUCGGUUUUAACUGUUGAAACUAAUUGUGGACAUGUGUUUUGUGGCAAAUGCAUUGUUUCAUAUUGGAAAUUUCAAUCGAAUUGGACCAGUGGACUGAACUGUCCCGUAUGUCGUCAGGCUGUAACGGUUCUUCUCAAGCGUUUCACUGCUGAAGAUCAAGCAACUGCAGAUAACAGUGAUCGUCAACUAGUCGUUACUAGUGUAAAAGAUUUCAAUCGACGAUUCUCCGGCGCUCCUCGAACUUGGCUUGAAUACUUUUAUGAUAUUCCAGUUUUAAUUCCGCAUAUCAUUCGUCAAAUUUUUUCAUCGGAAGGGCUAGCGUUGGCUUAUCGUGUACGAACACUUCUUAUCAUUGUAACGGUUAUCGCUUAUGUCAUUUCACCACUGGAUAUUCUUCCCGAAAGUUUACUUGGCAUCUUCGGUUUAGUCGAUGAUUUUCUCGUUGUUCUUUGCGCAGCCCUCUACGUUAUUAUUGCUUUUCGACAAAGUCUAGCACGCGGAUAG